AUGUUACAAGGAUAUAGGGAAAGUAUUGUCCCAGAUACUCCUCCUGAUUAUUCUAAUAUUUAUACCAAAUGUUGGGAUGGUGAACCAGUUAAUAGACCAGAUAUGAUCCAAACUAUUAACAAAUUAAGAGCAUUGAACACAAAUACAAGUAUAACAACAGAAAAUCAAGUUAGUUGUAUAAUAGAAUCUCAAUCAUCAAACGAACAACUUGAUGGUGGUAUAUCAAACAAGCAACAACUUAAUGGUGAUAUAUCGAACGAGAAACAAAUUGAUGAUGGUAUAUCGAACGAGCAACAACUCGAUAGUGGUGUAUCGAAAGCUAACAAAUAUUAA